AUGUCGUGGAAAGCUGCAUUGACUCCCUAUUUAAACCAUCCGGAAGCGUAUUCGAAAGAAACAAUAUUAUUCUACGACACAAACGUGGUAAUAAUCAAUGAUGCCUUCCCCAAGUCCACUUUUCAUCUUUUGGUUAUACCACGAAAUAAAGUAUUGACCAAGAAACAUCCAGCGGUUGCAUUGACUGAAUCUGAAAAAAAUAGACUGGAGCCAUACAUAGACAUUGCAACAAAGUACGUAUACGAUAAGUUCAUGAAGAAAUACAAGGUUAAAGGGAAGCAAUUAAAUAAAGAAUCAUUUAUCGAACAAUUCAUAAAGGUUGGCGUCCAUAGUAUACCUUCCAUGAAUAAUCUACAUAUUCACGUAAUUACGAACGAUUUUUACUCUGAUAGGUUGAAAAAUAAGAAGCAUUAUAAUUCAUUCAACAGCAAUUUUUUUAUCAAUUGGGAGGAAUUACCAUUUUCUGAAAUACCUGACCCCAAAGUUGUUGAAAAGGAAUACAUCAAGAAUAAAGAUUUGGUAUGUUGUUAUUGUGAGAAUAAUUUUGGGAAUAAAUUUGCACAAUUGAAGUCGCAUCUUAAAGAAGAAUUUAAUGAUUGUUUCAUUAAAAAGUAA